AUGCUUAAUAGAAUAUCACAGUUCGGCAAAAACUUCACAGAAGAGUUGAAGAAUAAUGAUUCAAAUGGUUCCCCACGUCGAAGCUUUGGCAAUGGUUCAGAAAAUAACGAGAAAAAACUAAACAUUGAUGAUGGCGAUGAGAUUAACAGUACACCUGAAAAUGAUGAAGAAUCUACGGGGAAGUCUGACGGUCAAUCUGUUUCAACAACUCCAGAGAUCAGAGCCAAAUUGAAAAAAUUUGCUAAAUACGAAGCCAAAUAUCCACAAUUGCUGGAAGCAUAUAGAACUGAAAAAGCCAAAGGUGAACAAAUUGCUUCUUUUGAAAAAAUAUUACAAGAAAAUACACCAUGCUCCAGUAUAAAUGAAGGUCAGGAAUUAAGUGAAUAUUUAAAUAGCUUGACAUUGAAAAAUACAAUGUUGAAUGAGGAGCUACGGAGGAUUUCAAAAUCAUCUGGAGAGGCAGCUAAAGAUACCAAAAUUAAAGACUUAGAGACAAAAAUAUCUGAAUUAGAAACAUCUUUAGAAGCUAAAAACACCACAAAAGAAAACAAAUCUGAAACUAUCAAGGAUGAUAAUUCUAAAACCACACCAAAACAGGCAAAUGAUGAAUCUGUUAUCAAGUUAAAAUCAGAGUUAGAAGCUGCUCAAACGCAACUAAUAGAGUCCAAUAAGGAAUUAGAGAAUUUGAAGGCUGAUUUCGAAAAAUCAAAAGAUAGUUUAAAGAGCUUGGAGAAUGAAAAAGAGACUUUGAAAUCUAAAUAUGAAGACGAUAUUUCUUCAAUAACAAAGGAAAAAGAUGAAUAUUUCAAGUCAUUGAAUGAGAUCAAGGGAAAAGUUGAAACAUUAGAAGGUGUUGUCAAAGAAAAGAAUGAUAAGGUUGAAACUGUCGAGAAACUAAAUGGUGAACUAUCCACAGAGAUUAAAACAUUGAAGAGUGAACUAGAUGGUUUGAAGGAAGAAGGUACAUCUAUGAAGACUAGUAACUCUGACUUAGAAAGUAAAUUCAAAAGGGCUGAGGAUAUGAACUCCAAAAAUAUUGAGCUCAUCAAAGAUUUAGAAGGUAAAACUCAACAAUUAGAGACAAAUUUAAGUAAAAAAGAUGGUGAAAUCAAACAGCUUAAAGAUGAAGCUCAGAAAUCUGAUCUUCAAACUGGGCCAGUCGUUUCUCCAACACCAGAAAAAGAAACAGAAACUUCAAACUCCACCACUUCCAAUAACAAAAAGAAUAAAAAGAAGAAGAAGAAAAACGGCAAACAAGUUGAGUCACCUGCUCAUGAUGAAACAGUGAAAGAGACUGAACAGCUACCAUCAAAUGAUAUUGGAAGUGUUGACGAGAUCUCUAUUUUACAAAGCAAGUACAACACCCUUGUUGAAGAGUUUGAAACUUAUAAAACAAAUACUACCUCUACGAGAGAUAACUCCGAAGAACUGGAUUUAUUUAAAAAGAAAGUCGAAGAGUUAAAACAAGAGUUAGAAGAAUCCAAAAAGGAAAAUUCAAAUAUGAAAUCACAAUUGAAGAAUAAAAAUGAUGAGAUCGAAGACACCAAAGAUAUGUUAAGAGAGGUUGGUGAUGAUUUGGUAACAUCAAGAGAUGAACUGAAAGAUUUAAGAAAGAAAUGUGAUGAUUUAGAAAAAUCCUUAAAUGAAAAUGAACAACCUUCUGAAGAAGAAAGAGCCAAAAUAGAUGGAUAUCUAAAAAUGAUCGAAUCACAAAAAGUGGAACUUGAAGUUUUAAGGAAACAACAUGCCCAGAUAAUAACAGAUUAUGAAAAAGAAAAGGCUGAAAAUAGAAAUCAAACUGAAUCUAAAGAGUCAGAGAAAGUAAAACUUGAAGAGAAAGUUAAAGAUCUCGAAAAGAAAAUUGAAGACUUAACAUCAAAAAUCAAAAAGUCAGAAAGUGACCAUGACACAAGAUUUAAAUCACUAUCUGAGGAACUUGUUUCAGUAAAGGCAAUUAAAGAUGAUUUGGAGCUGAAACAAAAAGCGUUCCGUACAGAGAAAACUGAUCUUACAAUUAAAAUUUCUAAAUUACAAGAUGAAUUGAAAGAACUAGCAAAGGUUAAAAAAUCAGAGGCUUCUUACAAGAAAGAAUUAGAGAAUUCUCAAUCUCAAUUGACACAAAGAGAUAAAACCAUUGUUUAUUUUGAAAAACAAGUUAGAGAGUAUGAUAAUAACAAGACUCAGCUAUCUGAAGAAAUUUCCAAACUCAAGAAUGCCAACAAGGAGUUGGGUUCCAAGAUUGUUCAAUUGAACGAACAAAAAGUCAAAUUAAAUCAAGAACGUCUCAAAUUAAAUGAGAAAUUAACUGAUUUAAAAAAUAAACUCGAUGGAUCCAUUAAAGAGAAUAAAGGGUUAACAGAUAAAGUUGAUGUUUUACAAGAUAAAUAUGAUACAUUACAAGAAACAAAAUCUUCAUCCAAUGAUCAAGUAGAAUCAAUAAAAAAACAAUGUGAAGAGUUAAGUAUAAACUCCAAAGAGGCCCGCCAAAAAAUUGAACAAUUAGAAGAAGAAUUGAGUGAAAGUCGUACAAUGCUACAAGAAAGAACUAGGGAAGCAAGUACUAUCAGAAGGUUAUCUCUUGAAAAUGAAGAAAAUUUAAACUUCAAAAUCAAAGAGCUGAACUCUAAAUUAAACAAUCUCAUAGAUGAGAAUGAUAGAUUAAGAUCUGAAAAUGCCAUAUCUUUAAGCAGACAGACAAGACAAUUAGAAGAUACGAUCUUCAAAAAUCAAGAACUUGAAAGAGUUAUUAGUGAAUGGGAAGCUAAAGAAAAUUCAAUGGUCAAAGAAAUUAAAGAAUUGAGAAAUUUUAAAGAUAAGCUAGAAUUUGAAAGAAGAUCGUCAUUUUCCAGUAGUGAUGAAUUAUCAAGUGCCAUUGAAAGAUUGAAAGAGUCCUUAAGUUCAGCAGAACGGAGAGCUCGUGAAUAUGAAAACUUGAACCAGGUUUUGAAGAAAUUGAAUGAAGAAUUAAACAUGAAACUUGAUAGAAUCACUAAAAAUUAUAAAUUAGCUUCUUCCCAAUUAAAUUCAUACAAAGACAAAUCCAGACAAGCUUCAUCAUCAAAACCAUCGCCAGCAGCGUCUCCUAUUUCAACAAGAUCAAAUUCUAUUGUUUCAAAUUUAAACAUUGUUCAAGAAACAGAGCAUAGUAACAAUGUUUCUACUUCGCUAUCCCCAUCACCUGCACCAACAGCUGCUAAUGAUGAAAAACUGGCAUAUGUUAAGAAUGUUCUUCUAGGGUUUUUGGAACAUAAGGAACAAAGACAACAAUUGUUACCGGUCAUAUCUAUGUUAUUACAAUUGAGCAAAACUGACGAAAAACGUCUUUUAGUUUCACUAAAAUAA